AUGGCCGGCUGCAGCCCCGAGGAGAAAACUUACCAGCGUUUCCUGGAGCUAUUCCUGGGCGAGUUUCGCGGGCCGUGUGGUGGCGGCGAGCCGGAGCCGGAGCCGGAGUCAGAGCCUGAGCCGGAGCCCGAACUGAUAGCGGCUGAGACGACCGAAGCUUUGAUUGAGGAGCCCGGGGAGGAAGAGGCGACGCUGGCCGCGGCGGAGGAAGGGGAGCCGGAACCGGAGCAAGACCCACGGCCCGAAGAGGAGGCGGUGGAGGAGGAGGAAGCAGUGGCGGCAGCGGAGGGCGAGGAAGAAGAGGAGGCAGUGGCCACCCCGGGGCAGUCGGCCGUGCAGCCGCCGCCGCCGCCGCAGUCCCAGCUGCCGCCUCUGCCUCCGCUCCCGAGGCCGCUGUCGGAGCGCAUCACCCGCGAGGAGGUGGAGGGCGAGAGCCUGGACCUGUGCCUGCAGCAGCUCUACAAAUAUAACUGCCCUUCCUUUUUGGCUGCUGCUUUAGCCAGAGCCACAUCAGAUGAAGUCCUUCAGAGUGAUCUCUCUGCACAUUAUAUACCAAAGGAAAUGGAUGGCACAGAAGGGACUGUGGAGGUUGAGACAGUGAAAUUGGCCCGCUCUGUCUUCAGUAAACUCCACGAGAUUUGCUGCAGCUGGGUGAAAGACUUCCCUCUCCGCAGGAGGCCCCAGCUCUAUUAUGAGACAUCAAUUCAUGCCAUCAAAAACAUGCGCAGGAAAAUGGAGGACAAACAUGUCUGCAUUCCUGACUUUAAUAUGCUCUUCAACCUAGAGGACCAGGAAGAACAAGCCUACUUUGCAGUGUUUGAUGGUCACGGUGGCGUGGAUGCUGCUAUCUAUGCCUCCAUUCACCUCCAUGUUAAUUUAGUCCGCCAGGAGAUGUUCCCCCAUGAUCCCGCUGAGGCCUUAUGCCGGGCUUUCCGGGUCACUGAUGAGCGGUUUGUACAGAAAGCAGCCCGGGAGAGCUUAAGAUGUGGGACCACAGGCGUGGUGACUUUUAUAAGAGGCAACAUGCUACAUGUGGCCUGGGUGGGUGAUUCCCAGGUUAUGCUUGUGAGAAAGGGCCAAGCUGUUGAACUGAUGAAGCCACACAAACCAGACAGAGAAGAUGAAAAGCAGCGAAUUGAGGCCCUUGGAGGUUGUGUAGUCUGGUUUGGUGCCUGGAGGGUGAAUGGAAGUCUAUCGGUCUCCAGAGCUAUUGGAGAUGCUGAACAUAAGCCAUAUAUCUGUGGGGAUGCAGACUCUGCCUCUACUGUUUUGGAUGGGACUGAAGACUACCUCAUUCUGGCCUGUGAUGGCUUCUAUGACACCGUGAACCCAGAUGAGGCAGUGAAAGUUGUGUCUGACCACCUGAAGGAGAACAAUGGAGACAGCAGCAUGGUCGCCCAUAAAUUAGUGGCAUCAGCUCGUGAUGCUGGGUCGAGUGAUAACAUCACUGUAAUUGUGGUAUUCCUGAGGGACAUGAACAAAGCUGUAAAUGUUAGUGAGGAAUCAGAUUGGACAGAGAACUCUUUUCAAGGAGGGCAAGAAGAUGGUGGGGAUGAUAAGGAGACGCAUGGAGAGUGCAAACGCCCUUGGCCUCAGCACCAGUGCUCAGCACCAGCCGAUCUAGGCUAUGAAGGGCGUGUGGAUUCAUUCACUGAUAGAACUAGUCUGAGCCCAGGGUCCCAAAUCAACGUGCUGGAAGACCCAGACUACCUAGAUCUCACACAGAUAGAAGCAAGCAAACCUCACAGUGCCCACUUUUUGCCACCAGUUGAGAUAUUUGGUCCAAAGGCACCAAAGAAAGUAGAUCUUAUUAAUGAGCUAAUGAUGGGAAAUAUAGCAGUUCACACAUCAUUGCCUGAAUGGAGUGGUACUGGAGCACUUCCUGCUGCUUUUAAUUUGGGUUCAACAGGGCAGCAGAUACACAGAAUGGAGAGCCCGUCUCCUGUGUGUUCUAGAUUGGAAAACAAACAGUUCAAAUUUCUGGGAAAGAGAGUUUCUAGAUUGUCUCAUUUACACCACCACUACUCAAAGAGGCGGCACGGAUUCAGGUUUAAUGCAAGGUUUUAUUCAUUUCUCUCUGCCCACAAAACAGGCACUUGCCUGUCUUCACUUAUCCGAAGUGGGAAGAGAAAUAGUAUCUUAAGAAGUUCUCUGCAAUGGAGGAAAAAUAGUUGGAAAGGAUACAGUGAAAACAUGAUGAUGCUCAAAAAGAGGAUUGAUGUCCCACACUCAGAUCUUCCCUGGAGCUAUAAAAUAUAA